CACAAGUGGGGGAAGAACGGAUUUUGGGACAAUCGCGGGACAAUCGUGGGACAAUCGUGGGACGAUCGUGGGACCGCCACCACGACCCGCACCGGAGGGGGCGUGGCCGCCCCGCGGAGGCCCCGCCCCCGGGCCCGCGGAGGGAGGAGCGCAUGCGCAGUGCGCCGGCCGUUACCUGUCAGCGGCUGCGGGUGGAGGAGGAGGAGGCGGCGGGAUGGAGGGGCUCAUCCCGCUCGUUAACCGGCUGCAGGAUGCCUUCGCGGCACUGGGCCAGAACUGCCUGCUCGACCUGCCGCAGAUCGCGGUGGUGGGCGGGCAGAGCGCCGGCAAGAGCUCCGUGCUGGAGAACUGCGUCUCCAGGGAUUUUCUUCCACGAGGUUCUGGAAUUGUGACAAGACGACCAUUGGUCCUGCAGCUCAUCACUGCCAAAACAGAGUAUGCUGAAUUUCUACACUGCAAAGGGAAGAAAUUUACUGAUUUUGAUGAAGUUCGUCAGGAAAUUGAAGUAGAAACAGAUAGAGUAACAGGAAUGAACAAAGGCAUUUCUUCAGUUCCUAUUAAUUUAAGAAUAUAUUCUCCACAUGUCUUAAGCCUGACCCUUAUUGAUUUGCCGGGAAUCACCAAAGUGCCAGUGGGGGAUCAGCCUCCGGACAUUGAGCAGCAGAUCAGAGACAUGAUAAUGCAGUUCAUCUCUCGGGAGAACUGCCUGAUCCUGGCUGUGACUCCAGCUAACACUGACCUGGCCAACUCAGAUGCCCUGAAGCUGGCAAAGGAAGUGGACCCUCAGGGCCUUAGAACCAUUGGUGUGAUCACAAAAUUGGAUCUGAUGGAUGAAGGAACAGAUGCAAGAGAAGUUCUAGAAAACAAACUCCUUCCUCUUCGCAGAGGUUAUAUUGGUGUUGUAAACAGAAGCCAGAAGGACAUUGAUGGGAAGAAGGACAUAAAAGCAGCUCUUCUAGCAGAAAGGAAAUUCUUUCUUUCCCACCCAUCCUACAGGCACAUGGCAGAUCGGAUGGGAACACCGUAUCUCCAGAAAGUUCUAAACCAGCAACUUACCAAUCAUAUUCGGGAUACCCUGCCAGCUUUCAGAAGCAAACUCCAGAGCCAGCUGCUUUCUAUAGAACAUGAAGUAGAGGUAUACAAAAACUUCAGACCAGAAGAUCCCACCAGAAAAACAAAAGCCCUGUUGCAGAUGGUACAGCAGUUUUCAGUGGACUUUGAAAAAAGAAUUGAAGGAUCAGGAGAUCAAGUUGAUACGCUGGAACUUUCAGGAGGUGCCAAAAUCAAUCGUAUUUUCCAUGAACGUUUUCCCUUUGAACUCGUGAAGAUGGAAUUCAAUGAGAAGGAACUGAGGAGAGAGAUAAGUUAUGCCAUCAAGAAUAUACACGGGAUCAGAACAGGUUUGUUCACUCCAGAUAUGGCGUUUGAAGCCAUUGUUAAAAAACAGAUUGUUAAGCUGAAAGGACCUUGCUUAAAAAGUGUGGAUCUGGUGAUGCAAGAGUUAAUCAACACUGUCAAGAAGUGCACUAAAAAGUUGGCAACAUAUCCAAGGUUGUGUGAGGAAACAGAAAGAAUUGUUGCUGGCUACAUUCGUGAGAGAGAAGAGAAGACCAAGGACCAGAUGCUGCUGCUCAUUGAUAUCCAGGUUUCUUAUAUCAACACCAACCAUGAAGAUUUCAUUGGCUUUGCGAAUGCCCAACAAAGAAGCAGUCAGGUUAACAAAAGUGCAGUGGGAAAUCAGGGAACCAAUCUACCGCCUUCAAGGCAAAUUGUCAUCCGGAAAGGCUGGCUCACCAUCAACAACAUUGGCAUCAUGAAAGGAGGAUCCAAGGAAUACUGGUUUGUCCUGACUGCAGAGAGCUUGUCCUGGUAUAAAGAUGAUGAGGAAAAAGAGAAGAAGUACAUGCUGCCUUUGGACAACUUGAAAGUGCGAGAUGUUGAAAAGAGCUUCAUGUCCAGCAAACACAUCUUUGCAUUGUUUAACACAGAGCAGAGGAAUGUUUACAAGGAUUACCGUUUCCUUGAGCUAGCCUGUGACUCCCAAGAGGAGGUGGAUAGCUGGAAGGCAUCUCUGCUACGAGCCGGUGUCUAUCCUGAUAAAUCCUCAACUGAAACUGAAGAGAAUGGCCAAGCAGAUAAUUUUUCAAUGGACCCCCAGCUGGAAAGACAGGUGGAGACAAUUCGAAAUCUUGUGGACUCCUACAUGUCUAUUAUUAACAAAUGUAUCCGAGAUCUGAUCCCGAAAACAAUCAUGCACCUCAUGAUCAAUAAUGUAAAAGAAUUCAUCAACGCAGAGCUGCUGGCUCACCUGUAUUCUUCUGAGGACCAGAACACUCUGAUGGAGGAGUCGGCGGAGCAGGCGCAGCGGCGGGACGAGACCCUGCGCAUGUACCAGGCGCUGCAGGAGGCGCUGGCCAUCAUCGGGGACAUCAGCACCAGCACCGUGUCCACCCCUGCUCCCCCACCCGUGGAUGACUCCUGGCUUCAGCAGGCACGCAGAUCACCUCCUCCAAGUCCUUCAACUCCGAGGAGACCUACCUUGAACAAUCCCCCAACCAGACCUUUAUCUGGCCGAGGACCCGCUCCUGCCAUUCCCUCUCCAGGCCCUCAGUCGGGGGCUCCCCCAGUCCCGUUCCGCCCGGGACCUCUGCCUCCAUUUCCCAGUGCUGAAGGCCAUGGAGGACCCCCCCAGGUUCCCUCUCGGCCCAGCCGGGCUCCUCCCAGCGUGCCAAGGGAUAGGUGGGAUGGAGACCAGAAAGGAAUUUUCUAGCACGCAAAAGACACGUGGGUAAGCAGCUUGGGAACGCCUCAGUCCGGGACUGCCACUGGUGGCAUGAAAAGCAGUGGCGGACAAAGGAGGUCAGUGAUUUUCAAAUACUGUAGCUGGAUACAGAAUUGAAUGUGAGACUGCCUGACAUUUUUGUGGAAAAAAAUAAUCUGCAAUACACAUCUUCUGGACUAGAUCCUAGUUCUCUCUUUUAGAGCUAUGAAAGCCUCAGACAGAAAAAAUCUCAACUGCUAAAAAAUGAAGGAAGGGUUUGCCAUUCUGCUGAAACUUCAGGUUUCUUCUGCUGACUAAACUGCGAGGGAGGAAAUCCCAGGGAAGGGGCUGCAGGGGAAAUCACCUGAGGGGGGGACAGUGUGGCCAGCUCCUGCACCUAUUAAAUGUUUCUUUUGAGCCCUGGAAUUUCAGCUACGCUUGGUCUGGUUUUAAUAACAGCCUUUGCAGGAUCAUAGGAAAUUGACUCAGAAAAUGGGUCUGAGAUAUUAAAAGGGGGAAGAAAAGAGUUUUGAGGAAGAGUUCUCGUGGAAACUUGAGCUUUUUCUGUGACUUAUUUUUGAACUGGGGCGCUGUGCUCUGACUGUUCCACCACCAUUUUCUGCAGCGAUUCCUUGAAGUGUUGGGAUCUCUCUUAUCUAGGGAAAUAGUUUAGCUUCCUGAGAAGAAAGCAGUAUUUUUUAAAGUUUAUCUCCCUUUCCAAAGGAGUUUUCUGUUGCAGGCCCUAUCCCUGUCAUAUGCAGCUGAAAAUCCUGACAUGCUGAAGAAAUACAAAGUUUCCAUUUUCUCCUUUUCUGCCUUAAGAUAAAAAGAUCAUUUUUAGGGGUAAGACUUGGACUGUCCUUGUCCAAUGAGCAGAUUAGCACACGUUUGAUGUGGAAAAUUUGGCACCUUACUGUGAGAUACAGCCCUUCUUUAAAAACACAAUUUUUUUUCUUCUACUUUAUUAUGAUUUAUCAAAGGAAUUGUACAGAAAUGGUGAGCUCUCGGCAUUUUCUCACUGUUCCUUAAUGUACAGGGAAAGGAAGACUUAGGAGAGCAGGAAAUAAUUUUCUUCCCUGCUUCACUCUGAUUCUAAAGCUGGUUUGGGUUAUGUGCUCUGAAUAUUUCUGCAAGGAAACAGAAACUAUUUGCAUGAUACAUGCCUCUUUUAAUUAAUCCCACUUGAGGUGGGUGGAUCUCUCCCAGCAAAGCCUGUGAGUAAAGGCCCCUGGCUUUAAGGGCUUGAUGCCAAAGCAUAUAUGAUUUGUGAAAUAUUCCCCACUGCCAGAAUCUGGAUUAUUCCCCCUCUCUCUUAAAAGGCUUCAGUAGUAUUUUGAAAGAAAAUGCAGCUGUGUGCUUGCCGUGGUAGGAUGGCUUUAAGCAGGCACUAGAAGCACUUGAGCUCACCCUGAUGUGUGUUUGCCUGCCUGUGUGGAAAGCCUGUUCUUGACCAAUUUAAGUUCUGCUGUGGAUGCCUGAUUUUUAGCUUUUAAAUGUCCUGAAUGUGAAUCUCAGCUUUGCCACAAGGAAAACAAUUGAAUUGGAACUGGUUUUUCUCUUGGCAGCAGAGCCUGUGGUGUUUGUGGGGGAGGAAGGGUGCUGCCCUUUUCUCCCUGUGUCCUGCUACUGUGGAUUCACCAGGGCUUUCCCAACAAAGCCCUGGUUUGGAACCAGGAGACGGUUCCUGACUUUGUCACUGAGACAAAGGUGAUCCCACAGGAGGUGAAACCCUGGAGCACGUGUGUCACCCUCAGGCAGGCUGGGGCUGCUCCCCAGGGGCUGGGGCUGGUCUUUACACAUGUGGCAAGUCCUGGGGAGAAAAUUCACUUGUGCUGCUCACACACAGUCCCUGCAAUUUACUUCCGCCCACAGGCAGCCAGCAGGGAAGGGCUGGGGCAGCUCUGCAGCUCCCCUUUGUUAUGCCACCAAGGCUAAUUCCAUCACCUGCUGUGCUGGUAGCUAAUCUACCUUGUAAGCCAGCAUUACAUAUUUCUGCCAUACUGGCAGGAAAAGGUACUUUUACCUGACAGUAAUUGCAGUUAGAAAUUCGCAGACAAAGUCAGGAGCAUUACUGCCUGACGUCUCCCAGCCCACAGGCUCCCACUCAACUCUUUGGUUGCCAAAUAUCAACCAUUCACAAAGUUUUCUCUGAUGGAUUUUUACGGAUUAGAGUUCUUUGAAAAGAUUUAAUGAAAUGUCUAACCCUGUGCAUUGAAUGAUAAGGGGGUUUUGUGCAAAAAUUGCACAUGAUCCUCUAAAUAAAAUCUGUCAUAGGGCAUAGGCAUAUAAGGCCAGAAGGGUUAUCCUGCCUGAGCCUGGGAAUCUUCUUUCUCCUGAAAGUUUGACCUUGCAGCCUUAAAAGCUUACUACUGUAUUUUUUAAUGGAAUAUUAAUUGUAAUCAAAUAGUCAUUGCACCAAAUUCUUCUGGCAGGAUGAGUGAGAGCCCACCUUAGAGUGUUUGCAUGCUGACUUGGAUGAUCUUAAUCUGAACACCCAAGUAGGAGAGCACAGCUCUCUGUCCUCUUUGAAUGCAUGUUUGGCAGAAGUUAUAUUCAAAAAGUAUAGUCUGCAAUUAGGAUUGUUUCAUGCAAGCAAAGAGACAAAAGUGUUACAUGGACUGAAUUCAAAUUCCUGCUGAACCUCAGGAGAAAAGAAAGCCAAAGAAUAAUUUAAUUUAAUUCUGCAUCUCAUGUCUGUGAUCAAAAGAAUAUACAGCUACAUGGACAAAGCCAGAGCCCCUCCCAGGGGCGACACUGCCCUUCUGUAGUCAGUAUGUUUCCAGCUCUGCCUGUCUGAGGACCCCAAAAUCACAAGACUUAGGAGAAUAUCAGUUAUUAUUUCUGUGAUUUCUGCCCAGAGGGGGACAGCCCUGUGUAAUUUGUUACCAGUCUAAUGUACAUUUCUUGUUGAAAUGCACACCCAGUAAUAUGUUACUUCUGCUGCCGGCUGCUUCAAGCAGCAGCAGACUCCAUUUAUUUUCUCUUAUCUCUUAGAAGGAUGCUCUGCAUUUUCCCCUCCUCCACUGGGUCCUUUUUCCCUGUUUUCCCCUUUUUUCUCAGCCUUUCCCUCUCUGUCCCUUUCUUGACCAUCCUGUUUGCUUCCUCUUUCACCUCGUCCUUUCACUCUGUUUCCUGCCUGGUACAUUUGUCUCCUUUCCCCAUGUAUUCCUUCCUUUCCUUCUCACCAUCUUGUCUCAGUUUCUUUCCAACUUAUUCCUUCCCUGCCACCUUUGUAAAUCUGUCACCUUGCAUUUCUGUCUUUUAGAGUUUUUCAGUUUUCAAGCAAUAGAAUGCAAUAUUUGGCAGUCUUUCUUAACAGCAGCCUGGUGGCAGUGGCUGUGACACCCAUGAGAAACACGAGCUCCUCUGCUUGGGGCAGUCACACUGCCAGGUGCAAACCUGGGCUCAUCUUGCAACUUUGGUCAUGGGAUAGAAUCAAACAAUAGAAUCACAGAAUCCUUUGGUUUGAAAGGGACCUUUAAAGGUCAUCUAGUCCAGCCCCUCUGCAAUGAAGAGGGACAACAGAAGCACUGAAAGAAGGAGCAUUCUGCAUGGGGAUAAGUAUUGGAGGGGUUGGCCAGAAAGAAGGUCCCAGCAGGUUGUAAAAACAUGUAAAAUGUCACAAUACAGCAAGUCUGGCAGUUUCAUUGUAAUUCUGCAGCACAAACCUUAUGAGAGAUUUGGAAUGGCAUUUGCACAGAACUGAUUCUUCAGCUGCCUGAGCUGUAAUGCCAUGAGAGAUACAGGAGAGUCUUCACUUCUGCUCCAGGAGCUUCAGUGAUUGCUGCCCCUAAAAGGAUGGCUCUCUUUUAGACUGGCAGUAGGAUUUUGUUGCUGCCUUCCUUUAUAUUCCUCUCCCCCAGAUGACUGUCCUGAAGAUUGUGGAAAACAAAGUUCAUGAGAUGCCAGACAUUACAGCCUGUGUGCCAUGUCUGCUGCCACUGACUCUUAACCUUUCUCAGCAUCUCCCUCCAUCAGCCAGAGACAGGCUGUCCAUAUCUUCAGUGGCCCAGGAAUUUUCUGAUGAGCAGUUCACUAUGGCAGUUAAUAAAAGCAUCUGAAGAAUCACUUGUUCUGCAUAGAGUUGAGAUUUGAUCUACCUACUGCAUCUCAGGUAGCUGUAAUCAUCUUGAGUAUUGUUCCUGAGCUACUUGCUCCUGCUUUAUUCAACAAAAAAUUGUUUUAAAACAAAGUGACAUUCAACUAGGACUGUUGCAAGUCACUUUAAAAGGUCAGCAAAGAGGAUCUGGCAGUGAAAUGGCUUUUCAGCACUCUUAGUGUAGACCAGAGCUAUGUGAUGGGGAAGGGUAAGUAAAAGAGAAGCAAGAGGGGGGAAGACAGAAAAACAAGGAACCUGAAAAGCAUCAAAAAAAGUGAUUCUGGAAUAACGAUGAUGUUGCAAGUGCAGUCCUCAAACAUAGUAGGAGUGUCAGCUGAUGCACUGAAUGAAUUUUAGCAAAAAUUUGAGUUUGGUUUGGUUUCGGUUCUUUUUUUUCUUCCUUAGCAUUUUCUCUCUCAAGAUACUAUUAACAGAAGGAUGUGGUUUUAUUUGUAACAUCUCUCUACCUGAAGAAAGAGAGUGAAGCAACAGCAGUUGUUUGACAGAAUACAGGAACUGAAGAUGAGUUUUGUCCCGAUAAAUGAUUUAGUUUCAUGACGGAGUGGUUUAAUAACAGUUGCCAUUAAGACAUUGCAGGAUUAGAGUGAUGGUGUUGAGCAGGGAAUUCCUGCCUUGUCUGAGAGAGUGGGCGAAUAGCAGUGCAUUUCUAGGCUGCCUUAUGCUAGAAGAGAAAACACCUGAGAGUAAACAGAGAGAAACAGGCAUGAUUUGAACUUCCUGCACCUGCAGGCAUCUUGAAAGGCUGUCUUGAAACUCUCCUGUCCCCUGCCAGCUGUGUUGGAUCAGUAGUGAAUGAGGGCACUCCAUGGCUCCACUAACAACACUGGUAACCCCAUUAGUUGGCAUCAUGGACAAGAAGAGGUGCAACUCCAGCUGGAGGUGACAACCAGGACAUUUUCUCCCCUUCUUGCACCAAGGUAAGUAAAGAGGAGAGAGGCAACAAGGCAGAGGAAGGUCAAAGCUGAGUAGGAAGGAAGAACAGAGAUGUAUUCAAAAGGGGUUCACACUGAUGGCAAACAGUGCAGCUCACACAGAGCAGGGCACAGGUCCUGAGCUGCUGUGAAAAGAUCAGAUGUUCUUCCUGCUGAUUUUGUGGCCCUUCUGUUGUCAUCGUCCAUGCACAGAACAGCAUUCUGAACGCUCCCACUCAGCACUCCUAACUUUCUCUUCUUCAUGGCCAGCUGUGACCCUCUGGGCCAUCCUAAGCCAGGAUUUCUGAAAGGUUGGGACAGUAUUCCACAGAUGCACUGCACACUUGCUUACUUGACAUGUUCCCUGCUGAAGGCAAACAAGAAAACACAGUUUCUUAAGAAUAAUCGUCUGUCUCGGUCUCUCAGUUGAAUUAAUUUUGUGUUUAUUUAAGCUGAGCUUUUCAUAUGACACAUUAAUUCCCUGAAAUGACUAAUUUGAAAAUGCAGUGUUCACAUAAACAUACAAUAUAUUUGUAUGUGUGUGUGAUGGACGUUGAUUUAUUAUGGUCAUAUAGAAAACAUAGCUUGAGUUGUAGAUAAUAAAUUAUUCUGCUGGAACAUCAUAUUUUGGACCACAUUGCCUCUGAAAGGAGUAUCUGUAUUAAGUUAAAUCACACACAGUGGAACCUCACUAACCCUAGUGCUUUCAAACAGUGUAAGCCUUUGAAUUCAUGGAGAUUUAUUCUGCUGCCAGUGUAGUGGUGGCCAGUGGAAGGACACAUUCUUCCCAUUCACUUUUUGUUGUUUCUUUCAGUUAAAAGAAAUAGCUGUUUGAUAAAACAGCAUAACCUAAUAACCUUAACUUGUUUAUACUGAAGAAAAAAAUUCUUCCACUGAGAGAGCACUGUGCAGCAGGGUCAUUUGCAGUUUUGGGGUUCAGCUGUAGGGACAGCUGAGGCAGUCCCUGGCAGUACAGUCUGAGCAUAGCCCUCCGUGCUUUGUAGAGCCUGAGCUCAGCUGGAGAACUGCUUCAGAACUAGCAGCCACCCUCAAAAGCUGUGCUCUGUGCCUGAGGGCUGCCCCUCCUGACCUGCCUGACCAUAGUGAUCCUGUAGGCAACGCUUACUUACAGACAUUUUGUGUUCAACAAAAUGACAUUUUCCAGUACAGAAAGAAAUCUGAGCAAUUUUCUCUCUCUUGGACCAUUCCACUAGGCUAAGGGAGCAUCUCAGGCAGAUAUUCCCCAGCUCCUUUCACCUUUCAUCACCACUCCAUGCAGCUUCUCAUUUUCCCCAUGAUCACCAUCUCCUCCUGAUCCCUGUCCAUGAUUCCUACUUUACUCCUCCUAAUGUCAUCAUCCUUUUUCUGCUUUUCCUGCUUUGUUAUGACCUGUGUCACCAGGACCAAGUGCCUUUCCUCCCCCUGGCUUUCCCACUUCCACUCCCAAGGUGAUGUUUGGGAGACUCUGCAGCAGCUGUGCUGCAUUUGCUGUAGGACAGAGUUUAAGCCUGCACAGACUGAAGACUAAUUAUGUCUACAAACCUAAUUUGUUUUUGAAGCAUGAUGGGUACAGUACUUUCACUUCUGGUUUGGAUUGUCCUCCAGAUCCUGAGGCUGAUGGAGGUCGAGAGAUGUCAUACAGAAGUUAGGCUGACACAAGAACCAGAAAGAAUAGAGGGUGUAGGUCUCUCAGGAUCUCACUGAAACAGAGAAAACCAGAGAAACAGUACAAAAAUACUAUCAGUCACAGCAUUAUAACUUUUUCAGGAAAGCUGCUUAGUUCUCAGGACCAAGCUACUUAGUUCUCUAAAUAAUCACCCAAACAGGAAACCAGAUUUAUUCCUCACCUGCAGUAAGCCACUGCGCUAACCAUAUGUGUCACAUUCCAGGUUUGUUCUGUCACCUAAAACAAAUUUGCCUGCAGUCAGUCUUAAAGCUGCUUAGAGAUUUGAAGUAUUUUCUUGUUAAAUUCUACAAAGACGAUGUCACGUAUCGGGGUACUCUGAGAGGGCUGCGUUAUGGGGAAACCAGGAUGAUGGAAAAGGGAGAGAAUAAUGGGCUUCUGUUCGCAGCUUCAGAUCUAUAGGAUGUAUUGUAAAAUAGAGUUCUGUUCAUGCCUUCCACGAGUGUUCUCUGGUGGUCACAAGCAAGCAAGAACGUCAAAUAUAAGUGGAAAUGAAAGCCUUUUAUUUCGAAGUCCUCUGGCUGUGCUAUGAGAAGCCAUCUUCGAGCGGGGCCUCCCAUGGUAAUUACAGCCAUGCUUUACUGAAAGCACAUUUUGUGCGCUCCGUGUGGGGAGCGAUAGGACUUCUCAAAAGGCAAAGGCUCGAAGAACUCCCAUAUGUUUCUGAUCUAAUUUUAAGUCUAGACUUGCUUUAUUUAGUUUCUUUUGCUCGGCAUUUGCCUAGCUAAAGCUUUUAGGAGUUCUUUUAAAACUGGAAACAUGGGGGGGGGAGUGCGCACUGCUAAGGUUAAAAAUAAAUGUAAAAACUUUUCCUUUUUUAAAAAGUUUUUGCACGGGGGUAAGAGCUCCCCUCUGUUCAAAACCCCACUGAGCUCUUCAAAGGAGAAGUCUCUGCAGCAACAUCAGGGAGUUAUUAAAUACAUACUUAGUCCACAAUUUUCAUUGGUAAAUUCUUUAUGUCUGCUUAAUGUGUGCUAGUUAGAAGUGAUUCUUUUUGCAGACUCGUUUACUCAACCCCGGGGGGACCUAUGAUCUCCUGCCCCUUUAGCACUAACUUUUACAAACAGUUAAAAAAAAAAAAAAAAAAAAAAAAGGCAGCAAAACAAAUACCAACAACCCCAAAGACCAAGACAGUGAGUUAAACGGGCCAGGCAGCGGGACACAGCCCGAAAACGGACAAGAGCCAGAAGGGUUUCCCGCAGCACUGCCGUUCCCCUCGGAGCUUUCUCCGGGCCGGGGCCGCCCCGCGGGCUCCGCUCUGCGGGCGCUGCCCGGCUGCGAUAACCGGGACAGACCCGGCCCGCGCCGUCUGCGCCGCUAUCAUCCGCUGGCCUCAGACUAAACAUUGAACUGGGCUUAGUCACAUAUUUACUCACUGCGAUGGCAGCUAGCGCGGAGCAGGCCUGCGGGGGAGGCUGUUUUUGCCCGGUUUCCCCCGGCCGGCCGCGGGCAGGCUGGAGCUCCCCCUGCCGCUCUGCAGGCCCGCUCCUCGGCUUGCCGGGGCGCCGGCGGCUCCCGGGCCGAGCCCACACUCGGCUGCUUCAGGGCUGUGCUCGGUGCAGCUGCCCCGGAGUUGGUUGCUGGCUCUCUAGGUGGCCCAGGCUCAUGCACCGCUCCUGGGGCUCCCGGCCACUGCUUCGGGCGUGAAGGAGCCAGGGAGAGACAACAGACACGAGGCUUGGCCUCGCCUCUUGUUUUUGGGGUUGAGAUUCCUGUUAGGGGGUGAAAAACGGUCUGAGUGCUACUCCCAGUGUAGAAAUGGUCACGGAAUGAUUUGUCACCUUGACAGGGAAGUUUAGGGCAGGUAACUUCAGGGCUUGUUCUUUCCUUCACUUGCACUCGAGCUCCAGCUUGCUGAUGCCGAGUGCCAGUGGCAAAGGAAAGGGAAGUCUGUUCCCCAGGCUGAGCCCCUGCGCUCUGCCCAGGGCCUCGGGAGCACGGUCCCCCUUCCUGCACUGCACCGGGAACUGCAGAUAUCCCAGGAGACCGCCAGCAGCAGGGCUGGAGGGACACGCUGCUGCUGCAGCUCUUUUCCCCAGCGCUGCCUUUCCCAAACAUUGCCCCUCUUCUAGGAGACUCUGCAGGUGGAGGUCCUGCUGCCCCAGUCUGGUGUGGAGGGUUCAGGAGCUGGGAGUGCACGGGAGGCAGCUGAGGAGGGCUCUGCCUGCUCCUCACGGAUGUGCUGCCCAUGCCCACCGGGAGGACACACGGGAGUUUGUGUCACAGCAUCCCAGACACACGUGGGAGCAUCCACAGGCGGGUCAGAGCAUCCGCAGGCGGGUCAGAGCUCCCCGCGCUGAGCCCUCUGUAGGGCAGUGCCACAGGGACAAGGAUGGGUGGUUCGGCAGCAGCUCCUCAUCACAGCAUCCCUUUGGGGAAAUCAGCUUCUCCUGAAGUGCUUGGUGCUCUGCAAUGGGAAAGAGCUAAUGGGGAGUUCUUCCCUUCAGGUCUGUACUGGGCUUGAGGGGAAAUUCAAAGUAGCGGUCAGGGUGCAGUAACAGCCCUGGUUCAAGGGGGAAACGGGGCUGGGGCCUGACGGUGGUUCAGGUUUGGUUUGACUGAUUUUAUCCAGGAAAUCCUCCCACUGUGCUCUCCAGUUUCUGAUCCUGCUGUGUUAAAUGGCAAUUUGGCUAAAUGGCAUUAUUUGAAUCCAGUGGGCUGCGUUUAACCUGGUAUUAAAAUGCAUGUUUGGGCUUUUAAAUUUGAUAUGAAGACAGCUGUAUGCAUUUUCCCUUGUUUGUCAAUUGCAUACAUAUGAUACGAUGUUUUCAGUGAGCACUAAACAAUGCAAUGUGAGGCAUUUCAACAAAGGAAUAAUUUAAUGCAACCCAGCAGAAAUGCAGAGCCUUAGAAGUGGUUCUUUAUGAAACUACAAAUUUUGGAAAUGGGUCCAGAAGACCUACACUGGAGCAACACAAGAAACAAUAGUUAACACAGUAACAUUUUUCCUGUAAGAAAAAUACACCAUGAAGAAAUUAUAUUUUCCCUUUUUUUUUUUUAGUUUGUUGAUUUACUUGAAUGCUUUAGUUGGCAUAUUUUGUAUUUGUUGCAUGGUAGGGAUUAAAAUUCUCAUUUCUUCACCAAAAGAGAAUAUUGUCGCACAAGAUGCACUUUGAGCCAAACGAGAUUUUUUUUUGUCAAGUGUAAAUUUGUCUCACAUAUUUUGUUCCAGUUCAAAGAAAAUUAACACAUUGUUACAUUCUUUUCAUCUUCAGUUUAGCUUUAGCAGAAUGAGACACAUUUCCUUCCUAAUCUUCUUCAGAGCCACAAUUGUCCCUGCUUGCACAGGUGGAGGAUGGGUUAGGAAGGGCUGCACAUUUGUUGGGGCAAAUUGUUAAUUAAUUUAUUAUUAUUAUUGUUAUUAAAAAUUAUUAAUGAGCUCUAUUGGAAAUUAUGGGAACCAGCCUCAGCUCCCACCUUGCUCAGAGUCUGGGUGCAGCCAUGGGCUCUCCUGGUGAUCUGGGCUGGGUUAAGGAAUAGAGAGAGAGUACCUGGUACUUCCUGCUAAAGAAAGGGAGCAAAAACACCCUGUAGGACAUGGAUUGGGAUAAAUGCAGCAACAGAGCACUGCUGGAGGCUGCUGGACAGCUGGGUGGGGGAGCAGGCUGGCUGGCAGGAGCUGUUUAUCCCGCACACCGCAGUGCCAGGCAGGGCUGUGCGAGCUGCUGCAGGCAAGUGUCAGUCAGAUUCUGCAUGGGCAGAGGUGGAAUGGAGCAUCAACAAAAUACUCUUUUGUUGGAAUUACCUCCACACAGCCCUGAGUGGACCUUCCUGCACACAAAAGGUAAAGUGUUACAUAGCUACCAGAGGGACUGGGUGUUAUCCUUGGUGAAGGGAGGGAGGGAGGGAUAAGUGCCAGCCUGGACUGCAGGUAGGAUGUGAUUGGAGAUCACACUGCUGCUAACUCUUGCUCUGGGAUCUCUUAUCAGAGGAUGACACAGUCCAAAUUAAAAUGCAGGGGUUGCAGUACACAGGAAAAUCGAAUGAAGGCACCUAAGUCUUCCCAAAAAAAUCUGUGACUCCAAAGCACUUCCUGAAGUUGAUAAAAAAAUGCAUUUGUGGUAAAUUAAUUAAUCCAGCAGCCCUGGCCACGACUGGCAUUUUCAAAACUGGCCAUUGAUACAAAGCCUCAAAAUGUGCCUCAGAUUCAGGCACAUUGAUAGGACUACAGUCUGCCCAGGUAUGCAAGAAGCUGCGGAUUUUCCUACUCCUGUAAAGCAGACCUGAAGUUGCUGCAGGCUGCUUUCCCCAGUCCUAUUGCCUGCUCUGAAAUGUGCCUGAAGGUCUGCUCUGUGACUGUCCAGGCUGGAAGUGACCCCUAAAACCAGGGAAUAACGACCCUGCCCUGCUGGUUUGCGUGGCUCCAGAAGGCAGUGGUGUGUGCAGAACGCCCAGGCCGUGCCCAGUGGUGGGUGAGAGGGUACAGCAUGGCAGAAAUGGCAGAGCCAUUUCCUCCUUCCUUCCUGCGGAUGCUCAGGGGUGUCUUGCUUCAGUGCGUGGUAGUAGGAUUGUUGUGUGUACAAGCACGUGCAUGUCCAUGUCACAACAGCCAGAGGUGUGGGCUUGUGCUCAGUGUUUGUGCUCAUUGUUUCUUCUCUCUCUCUCUCCAGUCGAAGACCGCCCCCUUCACCUACUCGGCCCACUGUAAUCCGCCCGUUAGACUCCUCCCUGUUAGACUAAAAGGAGUUUCUGGCAUGUCACUCGUUGUUAACCAAAUAUGUGGAAACAAAUUGCUUGGUAACUGUCACAAUAACCAGUGUAUAGUCGCAUGUAUGGACAUCUCUAGGCAAGUAACCAAUUUUACUGAUAUUCUCUGUCCAUUCUGCAUUGUUUAUGAGGUCUUCAAUGUUUGGGGAAGGUCUGUGUUGCCUUGACUUUUCCUUCUGCAAUAACUGAUGUUAGCUAACUUACUGACACAUAUCUCCACCCAGCCAACUGUGCUCACAGUCCUCUACAGCAGCUGGAGGGCUUCACUCUGUGUGUCUUUGUGCAUGUGUUGAUUUGAUCUGCUGCUUUUUUUUCUCUCUUACCUGAAAGGAAUCUUGCUUUUGUUUGUACCUUCCAGGUUUUCUAUUUUCUCUUGUAAUGGCUAAACCGGGCAAAGAAAAGCCAUGUGGUUUCUUACCAAGCUCUUCUGAAGGCCCCACACUUCCAGGUCUUUCUUGCAAGAGGCUUGCUUCUCCUAUAAAUUCUCCUUAUCCAAAAUUUAGUUCUAAGGAAUGUUGUUAAACGAGCAGGGUGUGGGUAGGACAAGGCAUGUUUUGCUUUAUUCCCAUGCUGGCAGCUGCCAUGCCAGGUUGGUUGGGUUGGUGAGAAACAGCCUGGGGUGCCCCAGCUCACAGGGCUCAGCAUGGAGAUCACAGCCAGGAGGGGACAGGGGUGUGACACAGCAGCGUGUGCCAGCUCCCUCUGUCCCUGCUCACUCUCCUGCUCCCACUGCGCUCCUGGAGCUGCUGGAGGGGAGUGAGUGCAGGGAAAUGAGCUGUGUGCAGGAUCCAGGGAACUGAGCACUGCUUUUGGUCCCUUUGUGACCCAGAAGGACACAGACACGUGCACAGCUGGGCGUGGGGCCCCCCUCCUGUGCCCACCGUGGGAGCUCCAGCCUGGGCUGGCAGCUGAGCUUCCCAAGGGCCAGGUUUGGAUGUGAGAUAUUUGUGAAAUUUUCACAUGCCAGUCAGUAAAGUGUCCCUGUGUCCCCUGUGUAAAGAUUUUCUUUCUGCAUUACAUGGUCCUUGCACACACCUUGGUUUACUGUUGCUUUAUCCAGCUAAGUUCUGGGAAGUGCUCAGCUGUGCAUCCUGGGUUAUUUUAGCAGCUGCUCACUUGCAGAGGUGCUCUCUGCCUCUUGUUUUGCACGUCAUAAAUUAAUGCAUUAUAAAAACCUCUUGUCUUAACUGCAUUACUUCACUUUAAACACUUAGAGCCAGUGUCACCCUUAAAGCUUAGAACUUAGUGAGUUAACAGAAUGAAACUAGAGAGGAAUUUGGCCUUGUUCCUUCAGAAAAUAUUAAUUGCUGUUAUUAAAAUUAUGGUUACAGAUCCCUUGGCAAAGCAAUUGGUGGUUUCAAAGGCCCCCAGUACAAUCAGUCUAAUAAAUGUAUGUAUUGAGACUGCUUGUAGGGCUCCAGUAUGCUGUAGCCCCAUGGUUAGGAAGAAUCCAAUCAAAGAGCCACAACAAAUGGGGAUUUAGCCUGUUAAUUCCCAGGCUGCUGAUUAGCCGUGCUCACCAGUGUAGCAAAUCAUGUUUCAGCCUGCAGAAGAGAGACGAGCUUGGGAAAGCAUCGUGAUUUGUAUGUUAGCUUCACUUUAAUUUCCUGUCAACCCCAUCCUUGUGACACAUGCCUGGGGAGUCUGGAGGUCACAUGCAAAGAUGGAGUUUGUCAGAGCCCUGGAUCCUGGUGAUCUCAGCAGACUGCUGGUGUUUGUUUGGGGAGCAGGUCCAUGUCUCCAAUGCCAAGUGCACAGAAUCAGCUUUCAAGGAAAAGAAAAGUUUGAAAACACAACCACAGUCAUACUAGUUUUCACUACAAAAAAGAAAACAAUUUUGAUGAUUCUUCUUGUCUUCUACACAGCUUUCCACUGCUUAGUGCUCUCUGCUGUAACCUGUGCUGCAUCUGUUGGAUUUAUUUUUGUAAAUAGCCACAAUAGCCCAUAUUGUUGCCUUGCCAGCACUCCUGUAUAUCCAAACAGUUUAUCAGAACUCUGUUACUGACUGGCAGCUGCCUGCUGAUGGGAAGCCAGGUUUAAUGCCUGGGCCACAGAGAUCACUGAUAUCACUUUGAUCUCAGAAUAUCAAAUUAUCAUACUCACUUGGUGAUAGAAGACCAGGAUGGAUGGGUCUUCCACCUUCUAGUGGAAGGUGUCCUGCUCAUGGCAGAGGGCUUGGAACAAGAUGAGCUCCAUGGUCCCUUCCAACCCAACCCACUCUAGGAUACUGCAAGGCCACGGUCUGGGUUUAUCCCACCACAGCCCAAGGACUCAGCUUAGUUGUCUUUUGUCCAGUGGGAAGAGCAUGACCCCCAGGAGGUGAUUCAGGCCUGUGUGGCUGCAAGGGACACGAGGGCAGUGCUGGUGAGUCAGGAGCCUCAAUUACAUGGCACAGCUCCUGGCCUAGAAACGUGCUUUUAAAUGCUCUCUACUUGAGACUCCCAAAUUUAAUGACUGUUUCUGCCAAGCAUAAGGGAAUAGGUGGCACAACUGAGCACUGUCCUUUAUUCUGCCCCCAAGAAACUUAUUUCUCAGCAGUAAUACUGAAUUGUAAAUAAAGCUCUCAAGGGUGGAUUUACCCAAAAGAGGAGGAGGAGGCAGUAAGGCGUCAGUACCAUCUGGUCCUGUGCUUGAUGCUGAGGGUGCAGGACACAGCUGCACAGCCCUCCUUCCUCUGCAUCCUCAUUCAGAUGUCAUCUAAAUCCGGCCCUGUGCCCUAAAUGCAGCACUUUUAGGUGUGCAGGUUAAUAAAAAACCAUGAGCAUGAAUCCAGGGUUUACUCAUUUCACCUCUUCUUGCGUAUGUGCUUGUGAGAAUAAACAACGUAAAGUUGUUUCUAGGAAAAACACUUGAAUGCUUCCCAAGGAAUUGCCACAUCUAGUUGAGUAAGUACUGUCCUCCAGCCUUGGCCCACUUCCUUCUGCUGUAGAGUGCCUGGAACGGGUUUGUUUGUCCCACUUACUCCUGAUGCUGGCGAGUCCCGUCCAUCCUGUCCCUUGUUCUUAGAGGAGCAGCCUUGGCAGCAACUCACUCCAUGCCAAAUGGAAAGCAGGACGAGCGCCCUGUGGGUCUGCCAGAGGGACUGAGCACCUCUGCAGAGCCACUUAGAUGGGAUGAACCACAUCUGAACUGUGUCUGAGAUGCACAGGUUGCUCUGCCCUUCUCUGCUUCCCUCUGGCACCGCUCUGGUAGCCAGGGCAUAGUGGAGCAAUAAUGAAGCAACACCAGAGUUUCUAAUCUUACAUGAAGUGCACAAAGACCUGUAGUUGCUAAGAUUCCAGAGGGUGCUCAUCUAAUUCUGCAUUUAGGCUGAACCUGGAUCUCUGCCCAGAGAACAUUUGCACCUCACCCCGCUGUGGCUGACCACCAGCUGAAGAGCUUGUGCGUGCCGUGAACAGCUCUCGGCCUGGCAUCUCAAGGGAUCUUGUGCUAGGGUUAAAAAGAUUGUAUGCUCAACAAAAAGGCUUAUGUACAUAGUUAAUGUGUGUUUAUUUUAUUGCUGAUCUUGUUGCACUUUCUGAGCAAGCCUUCUAAAAGUAGAUUAUUUAUUAUAUUAAAGAAGAUACGUUAUAGGUUAUGGCAUUUCGUGUUCAAGUAUAACAUAGAAAAUACUAUCCUCUCAGUUCCAGACAGCUCCACUAACCAUGAUGUGUACAGCACAUUGAGAUUACUGACUAGUUCUGUCCUUCUGUCUUAAAAUAGUCCAACCCUCCUGAAUUGAGAGCAGACCUGCUUUGUCCCUGUGCCACCAGGGAGCCUCCCGGCGCCCUCCUGGCACAGCUCCUCCUGCUGUGGCACUGCCCCUGCUCCCAGGCUGGUGCAGAACAGCUCCCUCGUGUAAAUGAAUGUUACUCUGCCUGUCUUUCCUCUUGCUUUGUCUGCAGGCGAGCUGAUGCCGACGGCUCCUCCCGUCCAGACAGCCCUCCACUCUUGCUUGAUCUAUGAUUUGUCCCGCCUUGCCGGCCGUUUGCUUUACUGCUGUCUCUUUACUUUUCCAGGACAGUCUAAACCAUGACUUCUUUUUUGUAAGAAGCAAACGCUUAAUGUCUUUCUGAUUUUUUUUUUUUUUUGCUCUGUAUGUUAAUGCCCUACUUCAUGUGAGCCAAAACAUCUGCCUUUGGUUUCGUAAUCUGUAAAUGGUUCCUGGUGUUGACCUUUGAGCACAGCGAGUGGAUUCCCGAAACCGUGGUCAUCACUGAGCAUCACAUACACCUGCUGUAAAAAUGUUCUGCUGCAUUUCUGAACCUGAAAUAAACUGUCAUUCUUGAUGGGCUUUUAUUAUUACUUUCUGGAUGUGUGUGAGUGGUGUCUUGUCUCUUGCACCAUCAUCUCAGCAUUCCACACUGCCUCGGUGGGGACUGCAGGGAGGAUUUAUUGGAGGUGCUGCUGUGCUGAGAUCACUGGAGAUGUCAUUAAAGGGGAGGUGGAACCCGUUGGGAAGCAUUCAGCCUGCUCCCCUGCAAGGGGCUUGGAGUGCUGCAGAGAUAUUUUGCUGGGAAAUGGAUGAAUGUUUUACAAGCAGUACCUGGGGUUCACUUCAUUGCUGGGGAAAGCACGUUCAGAGGAGUUUCAGAGCUGAGCAGAAGGCCAGACUCAGUCCUCCAAAGCAGGAGCUGGAGUUAAAAUAUGCCUGAAAGGGAUUUCCCCCUAAAGAUUGUGUACAAAUGUGCAGAUGUCCUGAUUGCUCAGUUCCUCCUGCAGAUCGGGGUGAGCCAAGUACUGCAAUCAGUGCUUGGAGAUGGUCUGCAGGGCACAAAGAACACAGCAGCUUCCUGUGGGAACCCCACAGUUGCUAAGUGGGUCCUUAGGUUUUGGGAAAAGAGGGAGGAAAAGGUGGGAUGAGCAAAGCAGGAACAUCCCUGCAGUAUCCUGUAACAUUUGGAGAUUUCUUUAUUAGUCUUUAAGGCCUUGGCUGAGGCACACCCCCUGAGGGAACAGCAGUGUCCCACGUGUCCCCUCUGACUGGAGCCCGUCAGGACCCCUUGGAUGAGCCUGGGGACAGGAAUGUUGGUCAGGGAGAGCUCAGUGCUCUGUGCUGGGUACCAGGAGGAGCAGCUGCUCUGUGCACUGGGCCCUCACUGCCUGGGGCUCUCCAGCUUUGUUCUGUCCUUUCCCAGCAACGUCCCCUCCUGACACCCCAGUGCAGCCCACGGGCCAUCCCGUUUGAUCAUUCCUCAUUUCAUCAGAACCUCACAGAAGUUCUACUCAAGAACAGUGUUUGAAGCUGAUAGUGGUGAGAAUUUUAAGGCUGCCUGGGGAAAAGCUCUUGCAGAGGGUAUAAUUUGCUGCAAGAAAAUUAGAAAGCCUGUGACCAGUGACCUCCACACCUGGGAUGGGAUUGUUCUGGUUCUCUGGCACUGGCAGGUCAGAAGGGAGGCGGUGAGGAUGAAAGCCAGGCUGUGCUGAGAGCCAGCUGAUUCUAAUCUUGCUCUUGCUCUUUUCUUUAAUAUGCAUGUUCUGUGCCUUUUGCUCUUAACCCAUUUUAUUAAGAUAAUUUUGUAUAUGAGUCAUUUUAUUGUAUCUUGGCCUUUUGUUUUAAAUCUCCCCCUCUCUCUAUGAUUUUUGGGUUAUUUUUUGGUUUUUUCCUAGGCGACCUCCACCAGCUGGUCCAGGAAGAUCAUCCUAACACACACAUUUCUUUUGUGUCACAUGCAAUGUCUUUUUUUUUUUUUUUUAAUCCAAAAUUACCUUUAAUUUGCACUAGCCUAUUUGUAAAUGAAAGAUUUUAUUUUCAGAUGUCAAUGAUAAGCCUGGAUGUAAAAAAUAAAAUUCUGACUACAAAA